GAUAGUCAUCAGCCUCGCUUGUCCGCACGUUCGGUACCAGCUGAAAUCUGUAAUGUCAUGAAUAUGUCCUGUUCAGGAUAGCCGCCAGCCAACAUGACGACAACAAGGGUGAAGACGAUGUUGUCAUUUCGGAACAAGCGAUUGUAUUGGGUAUCCACACGAUCUUCCUGCUUUGAAAGAGGGGACGCUUUUGCGCUUGUCGUGGAGUGGCUCGUGAGCUGAUCCGCUGUGUCUGGGCCAGUGCCCAGGUGUCUUUCUAGGGAGGGUAUACAUACGCCUGCUGAUGAUCCCCUCAAUGUUGCAACUCUGUUACUUUGUCCCAUAUUACUUGAAAAUCUCAUCCAAUCUUUCUAACACACCGUAUUUACACGGACUGUAUCCAAGAAUUCUUGCAGAAAAUCUUACACAAUGGGUUCACCUGCCUGCGGCUGUGUUAAGGUUGCUGGGGCAUCCGUGCAGAAUCUGGAGCCCAGCAUGUUCCCAGCGUUUGACGCUGGUGAGAAGAUUCGAUCCAAGCCCCUGCUUUACACCAGCCGGUUGGGCUGUGUUAUGCAUGGAGAUCUUUCUCAGAAAUGCAGUGCGCUACGCGCGGCGUGGGGAAUUCUUCUCAGCUGCUUCACUGGACUGGACAAAGUCUGCUUUGCGUUCGAGCAUACUGGUACCACAAGUUCGGAUGAUGCGGAUGGUAUUACGACGACAGCACAUCUGGAUGUGCGCAGCCAUCGGCAGGUUCGAAGUCUCUUCAUUGGGAGCUCUUCCGCCCUGCUCUCAGUACCGCAAAACGAGGCGAAGACACUGCUCAACACCGCGCUUUGUAUUGGCACCUUUGACAACGAGCUGAGCCACCAUGAUGACCAGAACCAGACGAAGAGACAUGAUUCGGUCUCGUGGUGCAAGAUCCGGAUGUUCGUGGAUCCUGCCACCUUCCACACCGUCCUUUGGUGGGAUCCCAGCUUCAUGACUCGAGAACAGGCUGAGAACGUCAGCAACACCUACGACAAGAUUGCCAGCGAAUUGACCAAUCACCCAGAGACUCUCAUUUCAGAUCUCAAUUACUUUGGCGAGAGGAACGAGCGACAAGUCCUGUUGUGGAACAGCACCCCGCAAAGCAACGUGCGGAAGUGUAUACACCAAGCUGUGUCAGAGCAGGGGGCAUUGCGUCCCUAUGCAGAUGCAGUUUACGCCUGGGAUGGAAACCUUUCAUAUACUAAGCUUUUGUCUUUCUCGGAUCGCCUUGCUUCUCGUUUGAAAGACUCGGGUAUCGGCCCCGAGGUCUUUGUGCCUAUCUGCUUCGACAAGUCUAAGUGGACUGUCGUUGCAAUGCUGGCAGUGCUAAAGGCAGGCGGCAUCUUCGUACCUCUGGAUCCUACGCACCCUUUGCCCCGCCUUCGUGCCCUGGCAAGCAAGGUGCAGGCCACCACCAUCUUGUGUUCUCCCCAGCACCAAAACAUGCUAGAGAGCGUGGCAGCCGAGUUGAUUCCCGUGGAUGACCAGUUGUUCAUCAACCUAGUGGAACAACACGGUGAGGUCAACCUCGGAUCAUUCCAUAACGGUGCCUACAUGAUCUUCACGAGCGGUACCACCGGCGAGCCCAAGGGUGCGUUGAUCGAGCAUGGGGCGCUGGUAUCAAGUGCCCUUGCUCACGGGCCUGCGAUGAUGAUGGAUCACAACACAAGAUCACUACACUUCGCCGCGUCCACCUUUGACGUGAGCAUCACGGAGAUCCUCACGUGUCUGAUCCUGGGUGGCUGUGUCUGCAUACCCAGCGAAGAGGCCCGGCUAAAUGCCAUCGAGGACGCCAUCACACAGCUCCAGGCGAAUUGGGCGCUGCUGACACCGACAUUCGUCAAAUUCAUAAACCCCGACAACGUCCCGACUUUGAAGACACUCGUCACUGGCGGAGAGGCUAUGACUCAGGCCGUGAUUCAGUCAUGGUCCCACAUCAAUCUCAUCAAUUGCUAUGGCCCUGCAGAGACGUCUGUCGUCUCGCACGUCCACAGAGGCAUGAAGCCAGGAGUGAACCCACUGAAUAUCGGUCAUCAAAUUGGUGUGCAUUGUUGGGUUGUUGACCGGUACAACCAUGAUCGACUAGUUCCUGUUGGGGCUGUCGGUGAGCUGGUUAUAGAAGGCUACACACUUGCGCGGGAGUACUACAAUGAGCCCGAGAAGACGAACGAGGCUUUCAUUGUCGACCCUGCAUGGAGCCAAAGUCAGCCACAGUCCAACAGCCCUAGGCGAAUGUAUAAGACGGGCGACUUGGUCAGAUACAAUCAUGAUGGGACUUUCAACAUUAGAGGACGAAAGGACUCACAAAUCAAGUUCCACGGACAACGUAUAGAGCUUGGGGAGAUCGAACAUCACCUCAACGUCAGUGCUGUCAUCAAGCAUGGUAUGGUUGUCCUGGCCAAGGAAGGUCUUUGCAAAGGUCGACUUUUGGCUAUUGUUCAGCUGAGCGAUACAACGAAUCAGGACCUCGUGCCCAAGGGUCGACCUUACAAACUGAUUGACGGUGCACUUGAGGACACUGCACGAGAAAAAGUCGCCGAGGCAAAGAAAUUGCUUACUGAGAUGCUGCCGCCUUACAUGGUUCCCUCCACGUGGCUCCCCGUGGAGUUUAUUCCUCGCCUUCAGUCGGGGAAGCUCGACCGCAAGCAGACUGCAAAGUGGGUCGACGACAUGAGCGAGGAGCUUUACCGACAGCUUAAUCCUGUCACGGCCGCUGGAAUUUCUGGGGAUAUCGUUUUCUCCAGCAAGACCGAACUAGAGCUACACAAAAUCUGGAUCCACGUCCUGAACCUCGACCCCGAACGGCUUGGCCUCCGACAGUCGUUCUUGAGCAUCGGCGGCGACUCCAUUUCUGCGAUGCAAGUCAUGAGCGAAUGCAAAAAACGAGGCCUCGGCCUGAACGUCUCACAAAUUAUUGCUAGCAAAUCAAUUACCGCUCUGGCAUUGCAGGUCAAAGACGUCGUCGACAGGCAGCUGAUCCACCAGGAGAUCCUAGAACAGCCGUUCGGGCUCUCACCAAUCCAGAAGCUCUACUUCUCCAGACCUAAUCACGCUGAAGGUCAUUACAAUCAGAGCUUUCUCCUCCGUACGAAUCAGUACAUUUCUGAGUCAGACCUGCGCAAGGCUAUUGACACCCUGAUAAGGAGACGGUCGAUGCUCCGUGCCAGGUUCAGCCAAGAUGCCGGCGGUACAUGGCAACAGCGUGUCACCAACGAGGUUGCAUCUUCUUACCGAUUGCGUACAAUCAAGGUGGCUUCGAUUGACGAGGUUGACCACAGCCUCGUUGACAGCCAGACUUGUCUUGAGGUGACUAGUGGUCCACUCUUUGCCGCUGACCUCAUCAGCGUCAACGAGGAGGAGCAACUAUUGUUCGUCGUGGCGCACCAUCUCGUGAUUGACCUGGUUUCCUGGCGGAUUAUCCUGCAGGAAUUGGAAGAGCUUCUGCUACAACCUGAUGAGCCGCUUUCUGAAAUGAGCCGCUCAUUGCCUUUCCAGGUUUGGUGCAAGAUGCAGCUGGAACACGCCGAGUCUCAGACGCCGGAGAAGGUUCUGCCAAUACACGGCAUUCCUGACGGGAACCUCGAAUACUGGGGAAUGGGCGAUGAGCCUAACGUAUACGGGCAGAUGGCCCGCGAGGGCUUCGAACUUGGACAUGAGCAGACCUCACUCCUCGUAUCGAAAUGCCACGACGCGUUGCGCACUGAGAUUCCUGAUGUCCUCAUGGCAGCUAUGAUAUUCUCCUUCGGCCAAACAUUUACUGACCGGUCGAUCCCAGCCGUGUUCGCCGAAGGGCACGGCCGGGAAUCCUGGGACCCUUCCAUCGACCUGUCUAAUGUGGUUGGGUGGUUCACCACCAUUUACCCCGUCUUUGCCGGAUCGACUUCACAGUCUAGUCUUGUCGACACCGUGAAGAUGGUCAAGGAUGCACGACGCAAAGUCCCUGACAGCGGAAGGCCUUACUUUGCAAGCCGCUGGCUGACGCAGGCGGGCGAGCACUCUUUUUCCCGCCACUGGCCCCUGGAAAUUACCUUCAACUACCUUGGUCAGUAUCAACAGCUGGAGCGUGAGGGUGCUCUUUUCACACCAUACGGGAAUAUUGCAGGAGAGGUUAGGGGCGCCGUCGAGGGCGCAGACAUAGGCCAUCUAACGCCUUGCAUCUCUCUUUUUGAGGUGUCUGCCGUCAUCCUCAAGGGAUCUCUGCGGUUUUCGUUUGCCUUCAACCAAAACAUGAAUCAUCAGCCCGAAAUCCGCCAGUGGAUUACCUCCUGUCAACAUAGCCUCAGCGCGCUUGUUGAGACGUUGAGCGACAUGGCCCCUGAACAUACGCUGAGCGACUUCCCACUUCUCUCCCUUACCUACGAUCACCUACGACUGAUGACGGAGCAAAAGCUCCCGAUGGCUGGAGUCAGUUCCAUGGACAUGGUCGAGGAUAUCUAUCCUUGCUCUCCUCUACAAUCAGGACUUCUGAUCAGCACGGCGAAGAACAGCGCCUUUUAUGCUGCUUACACACUUCAUGAGGUGAAGAGUAGAGGCGGCUCGCCAGUUGACGCUAGGAAACUCGCCGGUGCCUGGAAACACCUGAUUGAGUACCACCCCAUACUCAGGACAAUCUUUGUCGAGAGCGUGACCCAGCAAGACUCCCCUUACGACCAGGUAGUCCUCAAAGAAGUCGACUUUCCUCUGGUCGUGUCUGCAAAAGACACGGACGACGAGGCCCUUGCAGCUCUGAGCUUACCACCCCUGCAUCAAAAAGACAAUUCUCAUCUGUUGCACCACUUCGAAGUGUGCACAUCCACGAGCGGGAAGGUAUUUUGCAGACUUGAUAUCAGUCACGUCAUCAUGGACGGUACUUCUCUGUCAAUAAUCUUCCGUGAUCUAGCCAUGGCAUAUGAGGGGAGUCUUGGAGCUCGUGACGGCCCACUUUACAGGAAUUACAUCGAAUACCUCCAAGGACAAGACAUCCAACCUGGCAUCGACUAUUGGAAGUCGCACCUUGCAGGGGUCGAGCCGUGCCAUUUCCCUGUCCUCGACGAUGGCGAAAUUGUGGAAUCAAAGGAGCUCAGACACCUUCGGGUCAAGUUUGACGAGAUGGAAGAGCUGCAGCGAUUGUGUGACGCUCGGGCAGUCACCAUUGUCAACGCUAUCUAUGCAGCUUGGGCAAUGACACUGCGUCUAUACACCGCCUCGGAGGAGGUCUGCUUCGGUUAUCUCACAUCUGCCCGCGACUCGCAGAUUGAGGGCAUCCAGGAUGUAGUGGGACCCGUGAUCAACAUGGUGCCAUGCCGCGUCAACGUUGGGAGCUCCACUACUUUGGGGGACGUCAUGAGCCUCGUGCAGAGAGAUUACCUGAACAGCCUGGAAUACCGUCACAUCUCGUUGGCCGAAGUCCAGCACGCUCUGCAGCUCUCUGACGCCGCGCUUUUCAACACCGCGCUGUCGUACAGGAAGCUGCCGCGUGCACCAGAAAACCCUCCGGACCUCAUGUUUGAGGAGUGCCGCCCGACUUAUGAUCCUGACGAGUACAAUGUGUCUAUCAACAUCGAGGCGGACGAAAACGACAUGGCAAUUGACUUGAUGUAUUGGUCAGAUACCCUAUCAGAUGGUCAAGCCGCGAACGUCGCUGCCACUUUUACCAAGGCGCUCAGCAACGUGCUCCAUCACUGCAAUCAGCCUAUUGCUCAGCUCGAGCACCUCGGAUCCUGGCACCGUCAACAGCUCUGCGAGUGGAAUCAACAGAUUCCACAAGCCAUUGAAUGCUGCAUCCAUGAUUUAUUCAAGCGAAAGGCAGUUUCGCGUCCUGACGCUCCCGCUAUUGCCUCAUGGGACAUGGACUUUACAUAUGCCGAGCUCGAUGACGCCAGUACCAAUCUGGCCACCCAUAUCAGCUCGUUGGGUGUUGGUCUGGAAGACUUUGUACUCGUUUGCUUCGACAAGACUGCCUUUGCUAUCGUCGCCAUGCUGGCCAUAAUGAAGGCAGGCGGUGUCUGCGUGCCGCUGGACCCAGCACAUCCGGAUGCCGCGUUGCAGCUUCGUGCCGAGGACACAGGCGCAUCGGUGGCUCUCGUGGCCCCUUCCGUGGUGACCAGAAUCAGUACGAUGGUCAAAACAGCUGUCGCAGUAGAUGCCCAGCUGAUCCGGGCCAUUUCUCCAGCUGCGGAUGUUUCCUUUCCACAAGUCACGCCUGAGAACGCUUGUUUCGUGAUCUACACAUCCGGUAGCACGGGAAGACCGAAGGGUGUGGUUCUGGAGCAUCGGGGGAUUGCUACCAGCGCUGAAUACUCGGGUCCCCAGGUGGGCUACGGGGAAAACUCCAGAGUGUUGCAAUUCGCCUCGCACACUUUUGACAAUAGCAUUGCCGAGAUUUUCUUCACACUCACUCGUGGCGGCUGCGUAUGCGUGCCUUCGGACCACGAGAGGCUGAAUGACUUGGCCGGUGCAAUAAACCGCCACAAGGUGACGUUGGCCGAUAUCACCCCAACCGUCGCUUGCCUCAUCCAGCCAACCGACGUUCCGACUUUGAAGACGUUAGCUCUCGGCGGCGAAGCUGUGACUACCACAUGUGUUGAUGUGUGGCGCGACUUUGUGUCGUUGCAAUGCUGUUACGGGCCUUCAGAGUGCUCCAUCAACUCAACCUACUGUGGGGAUAUUGCCGAGCCUGGCAAAGCCACAAACAUCGGCCGCGCUAUCGGCAGUGUUGCCUGGGUGGUUGAUGCAGCCGAUCACAACUCGCUACUUCCAAUUGGUUCCGUGGGCGAGCUGCUAAUCGACGGUCCCAUCGUCUCUCGAGGCUAUUUGAAUCUGCCGGAAAGGAUGGCACAGUCUUUUAUAUCUCUACCUGACUCUCUAAAAGGGAUUCCUUCCCAAGGCGGCAACCUAGAUCGGAAACUCUAUAAAACUGGUGACCUGGUGCGCUAUAAUUCCGAUGGCACCCUCACCUACCUUGGGAGAAAGGAUCAGCAAGUCAAGCUGAACGGGCAGCGCAUCGAGCUUGGAGAGAUUGAGCACCACAUCCAGAAGAACCUUCCCGAGGGCUGGAUGUCUGCCGUCCAGCUGAUAUUGUCAGAGGGCAGGAAGUCGCUAGCCUGUUUCAUUUGUGCCGAUGCAGACGCAUCCCUCACAGACAGCAGCGACGAAAGCAUGAUACUGGACAUGAACAAUGUUUAUCAGGCACUGUUCAAAGACCUCGAGAUCCUUUUGUCUACGCUCAUUCCUGCCUAUAUGGUUCCAUCCGUUUGGCUUCCCAUCAACAAGAUGCCCCUUACUCCUUCCGGGAAGCUGAACCGUGGCAGCCUCCGCCAGCUGGCACAACUGGUUCCGGCACCGCUCAUGUCCUCUUACAAGCUCGCCUCGAAGUCUGGCAGGGCGCCAUCCGGCUCGCUGGAGAAACAGCUAGCUGCCAUUUGGGCUUGCGUGCUGAACAUUGAGGAGGCCUCCAUCGGGGUCGAAGAUAAUUUCUUCCGUCUUGGAGGCGACUCCAUCGGCGCGAUGCGAUUAGUGACGCUUGCAAGAAAGUCCGAACUCGAGUUGACCGUGGCCAGCAUUUUUGAGAAGGCAUCACUGCUUGAUAUGGCCCAAUCAGCACACCCAAUGACCAUGGGUUCCACCACGACUGUCGAACCGUUCUCUUUGUUACCCAACGUGGCUUCGAUGGAUGCUAUCAAGCGGGAGGUUUCUGAAUUCGCUCGCAUCGAAGUGGGCUCCAUCCAAGACAUCUACCCAUGUACCCCGACGCAGGAGGGUCUUGUGGCCCUCUCAAUCAAGGAGCCAGGGGCAUAUGUUGCCCGGCUUAUCUACCGCCUACAGGACGACAUAGACAUAGCCAGGUUUCAGAAAGCUUGUGAUCUCGUGGUCCAAGCCCAACCAAUACUGAGAACGAGAAUUGUACAUACCGAGGGCAUUGGGUUCGUGCAGGUCGUGGUAGCCGAGGAUGCGCCUCACUGGUCGACGGUGGCCAGCCUCGGUGAGGUGGAUGAGUCACGGCGUCAACUUCCUAUUCACAACGGGGGCAGAUUGACCAAUUACAACCUCGUUCAAAAUGUUUCCACUGGAACCUUAUUUGUCUGGGAUAUCCACCACGCACUUUAUGACGGUUGGUGUCUUCCUCUUAUCCUGGAAAAGAUCAAGCAAUGCUACCUUGAGGACUCCAACAUCACGCAGCUCAGCGGUCGCGGCCCUCCGUACUCCAACUUCAUCCAAUAUCUCGCCCAAGUUGACACCGAUCAAGCUACCGAGUUCUGGGAGUCCCACUUGUCCAAUAUCUCGACGCAACCCUUCCCGCGCCUGCCUAGCCCUGAUUACCAGGCAAGCGCAAGUAGUCUACUCAUUCACAAGACAGGCUUGAGCCAACUGGCUAGGUCCGAGAUUACCACGGCUACGAGGAUCCGCACGGCUUGGGCACUCACCGUCUCAACGUAUUCGGCAACAAAUGAUGUCGUAUUCUGGGAGACUCUUGCGGGGCGCGAUGCUCCUAUUCAUGGAGUCGAAGAAAUGAUAGGCGCCACAUUAGCGACUGUGCCGACGCGAAUGGUUCUGGAUUCUUCGCAAACGGUCGCUGAGCUUCUUCGCCAUGUGCAAGCCUUGUCAUCAUCUUUGAUGCGGCAUCAACAUCUCGGCAUUCAACGCAUCAAGCGCAUCAAUGCCGACACCGCUGUUGCGUGUGGCGCGCAGAAUCUCAUAGCCAUCAACCACGGGCCACGAGAGACGACCGAUUCUUUCUGGGACGAGCAAACCAACGAGAUGGCCGGUACAAACUUCUAUUCAUACCCCCUCAUGCUCUCGUUCCACAUUGGUGAUUCCGAACUUGAGACUGUUGUGCAUUUUGACCAAAAUCUCAUCUCGGAAUCACGCAUAAGGCGCGUCAUGGAACAUUUUGCCUUGAUGCUGCAAUCUGUUUCAUCCCCUCAGCUGCGGGAUGAGAGGCUUCUCAGCCUAGAUUUGCUUAGUCCUUUGGAUGUUCAGACGCUUCGGAAGAUGAACGGUGCAACAACAUCUCCCGUCAACAGACUCAUACACGAGGUCAUCCAGGCUCAGUGUUUUGUUCAAGCGGAAAACAAGUUGGCGGUCUGUUCGUGGGAUCAGAACCUUACUUAUUCCGAACUGGAUUCUCAAUCUACGCGUCUUGCGGACAUGCUCGUUGAGAACGGCGUGAGAGCCCAUUCCAUCGUUCCUUAUUGCAUGGAAAAAUCGUCUCUCGUCGUCGUUUCCAUCCUGGCCAUCCUAAAAUCGGGUGCUGCUUUUGUCUCCCUAGACCCCGCACACCCCGAUGCCCGGAUCAACGGCAUCCUUGCUGAUGUCGAGGCAACCGUUAUUCUCUGUUCCCCCAAGUACGCUGAGCGUCUGGAGCAUCUUGGACCAAAGGUGAUGAAAGUUUCACAGGACCUUCACCAUGACAUCUCCCCGCGCCAGAAGCCGACCGUCUCUCUUUCUCCAAAUGACCCAGCCUAUGUCAUAUUUACCUCUGGUACUACUGGAAAACCGAAGGGAACCGUCGUGGGUCACUCGGCAUUUUGUACGAGUGCAAAUGCCCAUGGUUCUGCCAUGAAAAUGACAGAGUCAUCCCGCGUUUUGCAAUUUGCUUCUUCUACUUUCGACGCUAGCAUCAUGGAGGUCUUGACGACUCUGAUUCACGGCGGCACUGUGUGCGUGCCCAGCGACGACGAACGCAUCAAUGAUCUUGCAGGCGCUAUCAAUCGCAUGCAAGUCAACUGGGCCUUGUUGACACCCUCAGUUGCCCAGCUAAUUUCGCCAGCCCUCGUCCCGGGGCUCAAGACACUGGUGCUGGGAGGAGAGGCCAUGUCCGCCGCUCAUGUCUCUUCCUGGGCGUCAUUCGUCCAGCUCAUGAACGCGUACGGACCAAGCGAGACCGCUGUCACCGCUGCAAUCAACUCUAACGUCACAAUUACAUCCAGCGCUUCUGAUAUCGGCUAUGGGGUUGGGUGCAUCUGCUGGGUUGUCGACGCGAACAACCACGACAGACUGAUGCCAAUUGGCGCCGUCGGAGAGCUCCUAGUAGAGGGCCCAACGCUUGCUCAAGGGUACCUCAAGAACCCCCUGAAGACUGCAGAGUCCUUCAUCGUCAGUCCAAAGUGGUGCACUGACUUUCCUGUCUCCGUGGAAAGCACUUGCCGCAGGAUGUAUAAAACUGGUGAUCUAGUCAAGCUCAGCGAGGACGGUACCAUUCUCUUCCAGAACAGAAAAGAUGACCAGGUCAAAGUCAACGGUCAGAGGCUUGAGUUGUCUGAAGUUGAGCACCAUCUAAGCGCAGAUGCUCUUAUUCAACAUAGUCUAGCGGCUGUUCCAUCAUGUGGCCCUUUCAAGGGGCGUCUAGUCACCGUCCUCUCACUGCAGUCACUUGUCAACGUUCAGAGAGGUCUGUUGAAAAGCUUAGAGAUGCAGGUGGUCAGAGAGUACCCUCGCUCUGAGAUAAAACGGACUCGUGAGAAUCUAGCACGACAUCUCGCGGCUUACAUGGUCCCAUCAGCAUGGAUUGUUGUGGACCGCAUCCAUCUCCUCCCAUCCGGCAAGCUUGACCGUCGACGUGUUGUGAGGUGGGUUGAAGGGAUGACUCCUGAACAGCACCUUAUGGUUCUCGAUGCUCAAGAAAAGGCAUCUUCUCUAGAUAGAGAAGCAUCAGAAGCGGAGGUCAAGCUUCGGGCUGCCUGGGCCAAGGUUCUCAAUGCCCAGGUUGAUGCGGUCCCUUUCGAUCGAUCGUUUCUGCAUCUAGGCGGCGAUUCAAUCUCGGCAAUGCAGUUGGUGGCCGUCUGCCGGUCCUCGAACAUGGCUGUCUCGGUUGGUGAAAUCAUGAAGAGCAAGUCUAUCAUUGAGCUUGCGUCUUGCGUCACUGCCGUCGAGGAUUUUGUGCAUGAACAGGAGCGGGAGAAUGAGUGUUUUGAGUUGUCGCCUAUCCAGAAGGUGUACUUUGAGUGCUUCGGCACCGACUCCACUCAUUUCAAUCAGAGCUUGCUUCUAGGAACUACACGUACGAUCACUUCCAAGGAGCUAUCUACGGCUUUGGAAAACAUCACGAGGACACACAGCAUGCUCCGAGCUCGGUUUUCGCAGAUCGACGGCGACUGGUACCAGCGUAUAACUAGCGAAGUCGCUGGCACUUACACCCUCCGAUCACACAACGAGGUCGACCCGAAUGAUAUCUCUGAAUUAAUCGAAGAGAGUCAGAAGUCUUUGAACAUCAUCGAGGGACCUCUUUUCGCUGCAGACAUCUUUGAGGUUGGCAGGACCGGCAAUCAGAUUGUCUCGUUCGUCGUCCACCACCUCGUUGUCGAUGUAGUUUCUUGGAAUAUCAUCUUGCAGGACCUUGAGGGUCUCUUGUCGUCAGCCCCGAACAGCCCUUCCAAACCCUUGCCAUUCCAGGCUUGGCUCUCUCUGCAACGCGACGAGGUUCACAAAAUGGCACCCGAGCAUGUUUUCCACGACGUUCCGGCGCCGCGGCAAGAUCUCUCAUUUUGGGGGAUGGAAGGUGUAUCGAACGUUCACGGUGACACAGUCAACGAGACCAUAGAAAUCAGCACGGAUGACUCGCUUCCACUCCUGGGCUCAUACCACGACACCCUUGAUACCGAGGUUGUCGACGUCUUGUUAGCUUCUCUAUUGGUAGCCUUCCGCCGAACCUUUUCAGAUCGCGAUGAAGUGCCAUCGAUAUUCAACGAAGGUCAUGGAAGAGAGCCUUGGGAUGGCAGAUUGGACCUGUCCCGAACCGUUGGAUGGUUCACCACACUGUGCCCUGUCUACUUGCCUGGGUGCAUGCCAUCCGAGGUAGACAUCCUUGAUGCCGUGUGCUGGGUAAAGGACUUCAGGCGAAAACUUCCUGGCAACGGCCGUCCUUAUUUUGCUCACAACAUGCUGAACCAACUUGACCUGUCGCAUGUCCGAAAAUGGCCCGUCGAAGUGGCCUUUAACUUUCUUGGCAACACGGCGCUGACCGAGUCUGAAGGUUCUGUAUUCACAUCCCUAAGUGGAAACAUGUUUGACUCCGCCAGUUCAAACACCGACGUUGGGGCCAGUGUGCCUCGCCUCGCUCUCAUUGAGAUCACGGCUGCCAUUUCUGGUCAUGGGUUGACCGUCAGCUUCGCCUUCAAUCGCCAUAUGAGUCGCCAAUCUUGCAUCCGAAAGUGGAUGGGGGCGUUCAAGGAUUCCAUUCACCAGGCAACUCGAAGACUAUCCGAGGCUAGUCAUGGCAAGCCAAGUCCUGACUUGUUUCUUCUUCCUUUGGCCUUUAAUGGCGAGUCUCAGAUCAAACGGAAGCUUGCUGAAAUGGGCAUUUGCGAUGCUGAGGAAGUCGAAGCAGCGUACCCAUGCUCUCCGGUUCAGCAGGGAAUCCUGUUAUCCCAGAUAAGAGACCCCGAGUCCUACUCGUACUCGAUUACUUUUUCCGUGAAGAGCACGCAAUCGGGGGAGGCUGUAGACGUGCAACGCCUAGCUGAUGCCUGGCGGCAAGUGGUGCAGCGGCAUUCAACUCUUCGGACUGUGUUCGUGGACAAUUUGCUACAGGAGGGCGUGAUGGAUCAAGUGGUUCUGAAGAAGCAUCUUGCCAACAUUGCUUUCCUCGACUGUCCCGACAGUGAGCCAGGUCAAAGGCCUGGUUUAUCUUCGAUACUUCCGAAGAACCAUCCACCCCAUCGUCUCCAAAUUUUCAAAGAUCCAGGAGGAAUGUUGCUUUGCGUUCUCGAGAUGAGCCACGCAAUAGCUGACGGAUCCUCGAUGCCAAUCUUAUUCCGUGACCUGGCCUUGGCGUACGAGGGUGCCCUGGCCACAACCGGUCUCUCUGUCUACCGGGACUACGUUGCUUAUUUGCAGCGGAGCCGCAUAUUCCAAAAUCUCAACUACUGGAAGGGCUAUCUGACUGGAGCUGAACCAUGUUAUCUACAUUCAAGAACUGGCGGAGCCACAGAGCCUAGGACUUUGCGAGCGCUGGACUGGACCAUCUCCGAUGUGGCCGGACUUCAAGCGUUCUGCAUCGAGAGAGGCGCUACGCUAUCCAACGUACUGCAAUUGGCAUGGGCACUAGUUCUCCAAGCUUAUACGGGUCUCGAUGACGUCCUGUUUGGAUAUUUGGUCGCCGGCAGGGAUAUCCCUGUCCGCCAUAUUGACCAGGCAAUCGGCGUCUACAUCAACAUGCUGGUGUGCCGGGUGCGUCUGACCCCGUCAACCAGCCUCGGCGAUGUCCUUAAGACCGUCCAAGAAGACCUCGCAGCAUCGAUGAGUCACAAGCAUGUUUCGCUAGCUGACUUGCAACAUGCGAUGGGUGUUUCGAAUGAGCCUCUCUUCAACACUGCCUACUCCUUCCAGAGAAGGUCUGCCUCGAGCUCCGAGGCAGCGGGGCCUGUCUCGUUCGACAUUCGCGACGCGCGUGAUCCUAGUGAAUACGAUUUGACUGUCAACGUUGAAGUUUGGGAGUCGAAUGUGGAUUUGCAGUUAUGCUACUGGACAGACAAGAUUCUGGAUUCACAGGCCAAGAACAUUGCUUCCACGCUGGACCAAAUUCUGACUUCGAUUGUGACGAGCGACUUGGCGAUGCCAAUAGGAGGGCUCCACACACUUAGUGACCAUUGCUCGGAACAGCUGGUGUCAUGGAACCAUGCCGAACCGGAGUACCUGGAAGAGUGCGUGCAUCGAGUGUUUGAGCACAAUGCUCGACAGCAUUCAGUCGAGACGCAGGCUGUCGAGGCAUGGGACGCAACAUUCACCUACCUUGAGCUAGACGCUGCAGCUUCACAGCUCGCUCAACAUUUGGUGGCUCUCGGGGUGAGGCCCAACACAUACAUCCCUCUUUGCUUCAACAAGUCAGCAUGGACAGUCGUUGCCAUGCUGGCGGUUCUGAAGGCCGGCGGCGCUUUUGUUCCCUUGGAUCCCACAUACCCGGCUGAGCGCGUUGGUUUCAUUGUGCACAGCGUUGAUUCCCAAAUAAUUCUCUGCUCGUCUUCUUUGACGCAUAAGUUUGAAGGCUUGGGAAUCCCCACAUUUGCUGUCGGUGCGGAAACGGUAUCAUCGCUGCCUGACCUGGUGGCAGGCUCACUUCCAGUCCAGGUUAGCCCUUCCCAUCCGGCGUACAUCAUCUUCACCUCGGGCACCACGGGUCUCCCGAAGGGAACAAUCAUCGAACACGGCGCCUUUACCACUGGAGCCAUAGCUCACGCCAAGGCGAUCAAGAUGACUUCGGCCUCUCGUGUGUUGCAGUUCGCGUCGCACACGUUCGAUGCUAGCGUUAUGGAGAUCCUGUCCACAUUGAUAGCAGGCGGUUGCAUCUGCAUUCCUAGCGACCAGGAACGCAUGAACGACCUCGCUGCUGUCAUUAGAAAAUUGAAUGUCAAUUGGACGCUCCUUACGCCAUCCGUGGCAAGCGUUCUGAAACCAGACAGCGUGCCAAGCCUGAAGGUACUUGUUACUGGCGGCGAAGCCAUGGCGACAGAUCACAUCGCUAAAUGGGCAAAUCACGCCGUUCUCAUCAAUGCCUAUGGACCUAGCGAGGCAUCUGUCAUUUGUGCAACAAGUACAAAAGUUGAUCAGGAAGGAAAGGUCCUCGACUGGGAGCCUGCCACUGUCGGUCAUGCCGUCGGGUGUCGUUCCUGGAUCGUCGAUCCUCGUGACCACAACCGUCUCAUGCCCAUUGGCAGCAUCGGUGAGCUUCUGGUCGAAGGUCCCAUCGUAGCGAGAGGCUAUUUGGGAAAUGACACUCAGACAAGGAAUGCCUUCAUCGAGCAUCCGUCGUGGCGCGGACAGAUGAACCUUGGCGGCGACCGGACAGAUCGCAUGUACAAAACUGGUGAUCUAGUUGCCUACAACCCCAAUGGCUCCCUCAGCUAUAUCGCACGCCGUGACACUCAAGUCAAGCUUAACGGCCAGCGCAUCGAAGUAGGCGAGAUCGAACAUCACGUCAAAUCCGUCUUACCAGCCGCUGUUCAGUCAGCUGUUGACCUUGUGGUCCCCCAGAGCAAGACAUCGACCAAGGCACUGGCAGUGUUCUUCACCAAUAGCACUAACAUGGAAUAUUCUACCUCCGGGGAAACGGAUGCAAUCCUCCUACCCCAGUCGAGUGCUUCCGCCAAAAUUGGCCAGUCGCUUAAGUCGGCACUUCGAGGUGCUCUGCCGUCGCACAUGGUGCCAACCAUGUACAUACCGGUGAACAAGAUACCGUGGACUUUGGCCGGAAAGCUAGAUCGCAAGAGGCUCAAGGCUAUUGCUCAGUCUAUAACGCCUCAGCAGAUAGGCCUCUACAAGCUCGCCGGGGUCAGCACAAACCGAGCUCCUACCACCUUGACACAACGCAAACUGCAGAAAGUCUGGGCAAAGAUUCUGAAGGUUGAGCCUGGAUUCAUAAGCUUAGACGAUAGCUUUUUCAGGCUAGGCGGUGACUCCAUUGGCGCCAUGAAACUUGUCGCCGCCGCGAGGACUGAGGAUAUCAUCCUCACGGCUAUGAACGUCUUCGACAAGCCGGUGUUGUCGGAUAUGGCGGCAUCAUGCAAACAGUUCAAUGGGGCUUCGACAACCAUCGUGGAGCACUUUUCUCUGCUCAGAGACGUUGCGUCUCCCUCUGUGCUUCUCGGCGAGAUCGCAGAACACUGCGGCGUCGAAAUGAGCCAGAUCCAAGAUGUGUACCCGUGCAGCCCCCUUCAAGAAGGACUUGUGGCCGCCUCUCUGCAGAAUUCGGGCGCUUAUGUUGCCAAAAAUGUUUAUAAGCUGCCUAUAAAUGUCGAUAUUGGCCGCCUCAAGCUCGCAUGGCAAAAGACUGUUGCCCAAGUCGACAUCCUCAGAUCGCGCGUCGUCAACAGCCAGUCUCUCGAGUCCUACCAGGUCAUCCUCAAUUCGCAUGAAAUCGAGUGGGAGAUUUACAACAGCAUGGAACUUGCAAACGAAAAAACCAUGCCAGUUCCAGAACACAAUGGCGGCAUCCUAGCCAGAUACGCGAUCAUCGACUCGGCUGAUUCCGGCGCCCGCUACCUGGUGUGGACUGUGCACCAUGCGCUUUACGAUGCGUGGAGUAUGCCUUCUGUGUUACAAUUGGUUUCGAAAUUCUACCACGGAGAUGGUUCUGAAAGACUCAAGCCGGCUGUCCCAUUUGCCAACUUUGCCAAAUACCUAGCCGAGGUCGACGCACACGCCUCUGAAGAGUUCUGGAAGACUAGGUUCCAAGGAACGUCUCCUGCGACACAUUUCCCGACCAUGUCCGCCACCAAGGGCGCUGUAUCAUCGAGUGCAUCACUGAGACACACUUUCCACUACAGCAAAGACAACCUCGGCGUUGAUGUGACCAGCUCGACAGUCAUCCGUGCGGCUUGGGCGCUUGUCAUCGGUGCACAAACUGGCUCUGAUGAUAUCGUCUUUGGCGAGACUCUGUCUGGACGAGAUAUUGAUCUCGACCAUGUAGAAGAUAUUGUUGGUCCAACCUUGACGACCGUGCCUUCGAGGAUUCAGAUUGAUCGGCAAAGCGCUGUUGGCCAGUUCUUGAAGACAAUCCAACACCAGGCAAUCGCGGUGAUUCCCCACCAACACACUGGUCUUCAACGCAUCAAGCGUCUAGGAGCAGCAGUGGCAGUGGCCUGCGACUUCAAGAACCUGUUAGUGAUUCAGUCUUCCGGCGAACCAGCGAUUCCAAAUGGCUUUUUAGAGCCAAUGGAAGACGGAACCGAGCAGUCAAACUUCUUUACGUACCCGCUAGUGGUCGAGUGCUUCAUUGAGGCCAACGAUCUCGUCCUAGUCAUCCAUCACGAUGAGGCAGUUAUGCAAAACUGGCAAGUGAAGCGUAUCGCUCAUCAGUUUGAGGGUCUGGUAGAUCAGCUCAUCCGUCUGUCAAGAGAGCCGGCCAGCAAGGUGUCUGAUCUCCGACUCUAUGGCCAAGAAGACAUCGAUAUGAUCAAAGAUUGGAACCACUGGACUCAUGAUCCUGUCCAAGAAAGUAUCUCCAGUCUAUUCUGGCGGUCAACUACCUCUCAACCGAAUGCUACCAGCAUCCGCGCCUGGGACGGUCACCUCAGCUACAAGGCCCUCGCACUGUAUGCCGGCCAGUUCGCCAAGCUUCUCGUAGAGAAAGGAGUCGGGUCUGAUUCACUCGUUCCGUGCUGCAUGGAUAAGUCUCUCUGGACCACGGUUUCGAUGCUUGCAGUGAUACUUGCUGGUGGUGCUAUCGUUCCUAUGGAUCCAGCACAGCCCCCCGCUCGUCACGCAGAAAUCACCCGCGACUGUGAGGCCCGCGUGGCUCUCUGUUCACCGGAGUAUCAAGACCGCUUCAAUGGCGUUGUUGAAACCGUCGUCUCGGUCAACCGCGACUUUUUCACGGCCGAUCAGUUUUCUCAAGAUAUCAGACCACAGGAUCUGCCCACUAUUGCUAGUGGAGAUGCUGCGUUCGUCAUUUAUACAUCAGGCAGUACUGGGAGGCCAAAAGGCGUCGUGAUUGAACAUAGGUCGUUCUGUGCGAGUUCAAAGGGCUUCACGCACCGCUUGAAUCUUACUUCGGAAUCUGGCGUUUUUCACUUCACUUCUUAUGCAUUCGACAUGGCAAUGGCAGAGGCAUUUAUGGCUCUCACCAGCGGCGCCUGCCUGUGCGUUCCCAGUGAGGAUAUGAGAAUGACAGAUCUGCCAGGGGCUAUGAACAGCCUUGGAGCUACUUGGGCUUUCCUGACACCGUCAGUGGCAAACAUCCAGGAUCCCUCGAAGUUCAAAACGCUGCAGACUCUGGUCUGUGGAGGCGAGGCCCUGACAUCCGAGACAAUCAGCACCUGGGCCGACCAGGUCGAGCUAAUGAAUGGCUACGGGCCGGCCGAGUGCACGUUCCUUGCCGUUGCCAACACCCACGUCUCAGUCAACAAGGAGCACAGCAGUAUCGGCCACGCCAUGAACGGUUGCCACACGUGGGUCGUUGACCCCAGAGACCACAAUACCCUCGUUCCUGUGGGAUGUACGGGUGAACUGCUCAUCAGCGGGCCUAUCGUCGCACGAGGGUACCUGAAUGACGGUAGAGCAACCGCAGAGAAAUUCGUCAAGAACCCUACAUGGAUGCAUCAUUUUUCCAGUGAUGAGAAUCAUUACCAGAACCUGCGACUGUAUAAGACAGGUGACCUGGUCAAGUAUAACCGUGGUGGGGCCUUGGAAUACAAAGGUCGCAAAGAUCACCAAGUCAAGAUCCAUGGCCAGCGGAUGGAACUUGGCGAAAUCGAAGCACGUCUUGAAUCUGAUCAAUGCAUUCGCCAGGCGUUCGUGACUCUACCCAAGUCCGGACUCUGCAGAGGUCGCUUGGUGGCCGUCGUUUCCCUCGAGGAUGAUUCAUCUGAGAAGCCAAGCAUUGUAUCAUCAGAAUUCACCCCAGUCUCUGCUUCUGAGAUGCAGGUUGCCCGGACCAAGGUUUCUGCUUUCCAAAAUCAUCUGUGCGAGAGCCUUCCACUUUACAUGGUUCCAUCGACUUGGUUUGUGGUUGAAUCUAUUCCUCUUUUGCUUUCUGGGAAGCUCGAUAGGACCAGUGCUCAGAUCUGGCUCGCGGACAUGGACACGAACACGUGGAAACUUGCAAUCAGCCCAGAGACCAUCAAAGAUGUUGCCUCGUCCGAGACGACGCCUUUUGGGCAGCAACUCAGACGUAUAUGGGCAUCGGUACUCAAGAUCGCUGAGGACAAGGUGCCCAUGAACCGUUCCAUGAUCAGUCUUGGCGGUGACUCCAUCACCGCGAUUCAGGUCGUGACUCGCUGUCGCGAACAAUCCAUCAGACUAUCGAUGCAGGAAGUCAUGAGAGGCAGAUCAAUCAGUGACCUAGCCGCGCUCAUAGAAACAGAAGGUCGACACAUGCGCCAUGACACCCCUGCACACGAAGAAGAAGAAGCCAAUGACGAAUUUGAGCUCUCGCCGAUCCAGCACUUGUUCUUUAACAACAGCAUCAACAGGGACUCCGGAGAUCGCUUCAAUCAAAGCCAGCUACUGUCAAUCAACGGCGCGUUCGACAUGUCCAGGUAUCAGCAUGCUUUCUGCGCACUCGCCCAGAGACACCCAAUGCUUCGCGCCCGAUUCAAGAAAUCUUCCAGUGGACAAUGGAUGCAGACGAUUGCUUCGGAAGUCGAGACUUCUUAUAGUUUCCGCUUCCACAAGCUCAUUGCAGGAUCAGAAAUGAUUCCACUUCUCGCCGCCAGUCAGAAAAGUGUCCAAAUUUCUGGCCCCGUUUUUGUGGCCGACAUUUUUGAACAUCCCAAUGGCUCUCAAGUCAUGUCGCUUAUAGCCCAUCAUCUGAUCGUUGACGUCGUCUCCUGGAUUAACAUCAUCCAAGACCUCGAGAAAUUCUUAUCAUCUGCCAACCUGAUGAGCUCUAAGCCCUUCUCCUUCCGGAGCUGGAACGAAGCGCAGAUUGAGCAUGCCAGAUCACUUGAGAGACAUGGAGGCGCUAUACUGCCAUUCCCUGUGCAACCUGCUGAUUUUGACUUCUGGGGAAUGUCAAGCGCCCCCAACCAGUAUGGAGAUGUCAUCGAGAAGGACUUUACUGUCUCAAAUCCAGAAAUUGUCUCUCUGCUGCUGGGUGACUCCAACACGGCACUCAAGACCGAGUCCCUUGAUCUCUUCAUCUCGGCUCUGCUAAAAUCGUUUGGGGGUGUUUUCACAGAGCGAGAGUUGCCAACCUUGUUCAACGAAGGUCACGGACGUGAGCCUUGGGACGAGACCAUUGACAUUUCUGAAACCGUUGGAUGGUUUACCUCACUUUCUCCCGUCUGUGUCUCUCGAUGCAACCUCGAUCUCCAUGAUAUCGUCGACUGUGUUCGGAAGGUCAAAGACGUGCGACGUAGCGUCCCAAGUAACGGCCGUCCCUACUUUGCACAUCGCUAUCUGACCGAGUCAGGGAAGCGCCAGCUUGAAAAUCACGAACUGAUGGAGAUUCUGGUCAACUUCCUCGGCCGUACUCAACAGACGAGCCAAGGCGAUUCUCUCUUUAGCUCGUUCGAUGCAUCAAUUGAUGGCAGAGAGGGAGGGGUGGUUGCAGACGUCGCCCCUGAGACUCGCCGUCUAGCCUUGAUUGAGAUUUCGAUAUCGAUUCUUGAGAAUGGCGUGCGGUUUGCUUUCAUGUAUAACAAGCACAUGUUCCACCAAGACCGGGUUGAGGAAUGGGCGGCCAACUGCGAGGGGGUUCUCAUCGACAUUGCAACAACGCUAAGCGAGGCCCCGUCUUCUCCCACGCUCAGCGAAUACCCUCUCAUGCCUCUCGGCUAUGAAGAUCUCCGGGAGCUCGUCACUAGAUCUCUUCCUGCAGCCCACAUUCGCUUCGACGAGGUUGAAGAUAUAUAUCCCUGUUCACCAAUGCAGACAGGAAUACUUCUCAGUCAGCUCCUCGAUCCGUCUCAGUACCUGUUCCACACCAUCGUUGAAGUGACUUCUCCUAGUCUCUCGGCUGUCAAUGCUGUGAAGCUAUCGGAGGCUUGCUACAAAGUCAUUGAGCGACACCCUGCUCUACGGACUAGCUUUCUUGAGAGCACCUAUCGCGGCGGCUCUUUCGACCAAGUCGUCCUCAAACCCCGCGAGGCUGGAAUCACCGUCAUUCGAUGUCGGGAAAUCGAUGUCAUGGCGAAGUUGAACCUCAGAUCGCUUCACCAGACAAAGAAGAGGAAUCAUGAGCCUACACUUCCCUACCAAAUCACUAUCUGCCAGACAGUACAAGACAAAGUGUUCAUGAAGCUUGAGUUGAAUCAUGCUGUCACAGAUGGUGCUUCGACAUCGAUCAUUCUGCGCGACAUAUCAAACGCAUACAACAACAGCCUGCCUUUGACCAGCGCCCCUUCCUACAAGGAAUGUAUCAAGUAUAUUUCCAAUCAGCCCAGUGAUUCAAGCCUUGACUUUUGGUCCACAUACCUGUCUGGUGCACUGUUCACCGGCUUCCCAACGAUCAACCCCGAUAUUACGGCUGGUCACAACCUAGGCUCUGUCGCCGUCGAAUUCGACCGAUUUUCCGAGCUGCAUGCGAUCGCCCGCGAAGUUGGAGUUACAUUGUCGAAUAUGAUUGUCGUUGCAUGGGCUCUUGUGCUACGAAGCUACACGAGAUCUGACGAUGUCAGCUUCGGCUACCUUGCCUCUGGGCGUGACGCCCGCAUUAAUGGCAUUGACGACAUUGUCGGUCCUCUAAUCAACAUGCUCGUGUUUCGCUUUAGGUUCGCCGGGAAUGUGCUCCUCAGGAGACUUUUCCUCGAUGCCCAGCAGGACUAUCUUUCUAGUCUAUCACACCAGCACUUUUCUCUGGCUCGCGUUAGCCAUCAACUGGGACAAGCGAAACGAGGCUUUUUCAACACGGCCGUAUCAAUCCAAAGCUCCGAUUCGUCAGGCGUUUCAGAUCCACACGCCCUCAUGUUCGAGCCAGUCGAAGCAUUUGACCCAAGUGAAUAUGCCAUUACUCUGAAUGCCAACACCGCUCGCGGCGACGAAGGCAUCAUAUUCCGGUAUUGGACAGAUGUUCUGUCAGAUUCCCAGGCCCAAGAUCUCUCGCUCACAAUGUCCACAUUUCUGAGUGAGUUCAUCAAUCACAGUGAAGAUAAUGUAUCAGAUCUGCGGAUCUCGCAGCACCCACUGUCGCGCACCAAUGACUACAAGCACGCGGCUGAAGACGUCCACUCCACAUUUGAACACAACGAUCCCAAACGUGCCGAUACAUUCAACAGCUCAGCCAGCAGCGAACCCUCUACGGACCUCGGUGGUUCAUUGUUCUCGCCACUUACCAAAUCUCGCGUAUUUACUCGUGACAGGGAUCAUCUUCACCAGAAGCUGUUGGCAUUGUGGAGAGACACUCUCGGUCUCGGCAGUGCUUCAAUUUCGCUCGAAGAUAGCUUUUUCGAGCUUGGCGGUGAUUCCAUCAUCGCUAUGUCAAUGGUGGGCAACGCCAGAGACCUCAAAAUCCAGCUCACCGUGGCCGACAUCUUCAACAACCCCAGAUUCGGGUCAAUGCUUGAUUGUCUCCUGGACCGAACGUACAAGGAUUCAGACACGGAGUCAAUGGUUGACCAGAUUUCCUCCUCGGAGUCAAAGAAGGAGUUGCCCACGCUAGAUGAACAAACAUACCAGCCCUUCUCCAUGCUUGGCCAAGAGGAUGCUGAGAAAUUUGUACGAGACCACGUCUGUACUGUUGCAGGUGUAUCUCGAGCCAGCAUCCUAGAUGUCCUCCCGACAACCGACUUUCAGAACCAAGCAAUCAUGGGCAGCCUACUCGCGUCACGAUGGAUGCUUAAUCACUUCUACCUGGAUUCGACAGGUCCGCUGAACAUUGCGCUGUUGGAAGAAAGCAUCACAAAUGUUGUGGCCUGUCAUGAUGUGUUACGCACUGUCUUCGUCCCCCAUCAAGAAAGAUACUUGCAGGUCAUACUCCGCCAGUUGCAUCCCCAACUAGCUGUCCACGACGUCGAAGAUAUCGAGGGUUUCACCUCAGAGCUUGCGUUUGUCCACCGAGACGAAACUCCGAAGCCCGAGAAAUCUUCCCUCCAAUUCAUUCUAGCACGACAUAUGCCGUCGCUACGACACCGAAUUUUCAUCAGGAUAUCUCAUGCUCAGUAUGACGGCGUUUGCUUCCCAGCUAUCCUUGAAUCACUCAAGGCUUGCUAUGAAGGUGAUCCCAUCUCAUCCACACCUUCAUAUGUGGACUUCAUUCGUGGGACGUUGGGCAACAUUACUCUGGACCAUUACGCGUACUGGAGAGCACUCCUUGAGAACUCCACCCCAACAAGUAUUGUCCCACGACAGCGCACAUCGCUACGCACGUCUCCCACUCAAGUCUUGAAAGCCGUCGUGUCCACACCUUCGCUCGCGUCUGUCAAUAUUACCACCGCUACCGUCAUCAAGGCUGCUUGGUCCACAGUCUUGGCCAGGGUCACUGGAAAGACGGACGUUGUCUUCGGCCAUCUCAUCAGCGGUCGCAACGUGGGCGGCGUAACAGGUAUCGAGUCGAUUGUCGGUCCAUGUCUGAACAUGGUUCCCGUACGCGUCUGUAUCCGGCCGUCUUGGACCGUUCUGCACCUCCUCCAACACAUCCAGAAUCAGCAGGUUGAUAAUAUGCCGUAUGAGUCACUCGGCUUCAAAGAUAUCAUCGACAAGUGCACUGACUGGGAUGAUGACGGAGAAAACGGCUUUUCAACCGUUGUCCAGCACCAAAGCAUGCCUCAGACCGCUUCGCUGAAAAUUGGAGGGAACACGUACCAGAUUGGUGCCAUGGCCUCCCAAGAGGAUACUGCUGAUUUCAGUGUCGUCACCACGCCUCAAGAUGCGAAUAGCACCGAAGUCUGCUUGCUUUACGCUACAGACGGAGCUAUAGAUACGGCCUUCGCACAGGAGAUAUUUGAUUCGCUUUGUAACACUAUUACGGUGUUCUCGGAUAACCCGAACAGUCUUGUUGAGCUUUUUUAAUUUUUAAUAUGGUUUCUGUCAAUAUUUCCUUCAUCUUUUCCCUUUCUUCUCUCCUGUGGCUAGUGUACUUAAGUAUGUAAUUUGCGCAUCCUGGUUGUCCUUACUAGUCUAUACAAUGUUUCACUUGAAGGUCCAAUUAAAGUAAAUUUGCGACUAAACAAUUAGGGCGAUCUGACAAGUAUCUGACAACUGCAGGACAUUCCAGAGUGUUCUGUGAUCUACCUUUUGAACCCUGGAAGGAUAUUUGGUGGGAUAUUGAAGCCACUGUUGUGCGGCACGAGGCUGAGGCCACGUGCCCACGUACUGUAUUCUCUCCGCACAGUUAUUGGCACUGCAUGUUUUUAAACGCUGGGACUUGAGCGUUUACCACUGUAUGAAGGCGCCA